UUAUGAGCGAUUUAUUUUGAUCGGUCAUUUUCUGUGCCCACCGGCGUGGCUAUUAGCUAAACAUGUUACUGACUAAUAAUGUAGAAAUUAGUUUCCUUGCAAUUCGGGUUUGCCGGACUAUUUUAGUUAUUUGCAAUGUGCGCAUUUUCAAUGUGAUUGCUACUAUUUCAACACUGCAGUAGUGUGUCGAUGCCCGUUAUUACGAACUGUGAAAGCUUCCUAUAAACAAAAUGGCGGGGUCAACAGGCUCUCCAAAUCAUCUGCAGCAAUUAGAAUCGACGCUUGAAUCUUUUGUGGAGAAUGUUCGCCAACUGGGGAUUGUUGUGGCUGAUUUUCAGCCUCAAGGGCAGCCCGCCCUCAAUCAGAAGAUUACAACACUCGUCGGACUUAUGCAGGAUAUCGAACGUGUUCGGCCACAUGUUGAGGAUAUCCAGGUGCCCUUAGAAGUCUGCGAUUAUAUUGACGAAGGUCGCAACCCACAGUUGUACACGAAAGAUUGCAUGGAAAAGGCACUAGCAAAAAACGAGCAGGUGAAGGGAAAAAUCGAUGCCUAUCGAAGGUUUAAGGCGCUGUUAAUAGUAGAGCUGAAUAAGGUGUUUCCGCACGAGAUGAACAAGUACAGAGCAUAUCGAGGGGAGAACGGCCUUGCCCCACCACCGCCGAAUAUGCCACCGAAUUUACCCUAGAAAUGCUUGCAAUGUAAAUGUUAUUUAGCUUUAACCUAGGGAGCUAACUGUACAGAACUGGGUGUUCCGAUAAUCCAGUUAUAAUCGACUACGACGAAUGCUUCUGAGUCAUAACAACCAGAAUAUGUGGCAUCGAUGUGAAAGACGGUAGGAACUGGAUCAGCCAUUUCGUCUUUCUUACACGUGUAGAACAAUGUGUCACUACUGUAUAUUAAGUAAUUUAUAUCGAUAAGAAUGCGGACAAAGCAAAAGUAAUUGUCGCUCAAUAUCAGAUUUGCUUGGCAGUUUUUCAGGGAAAAAUAUAUAAAAUCAAUGGCAGGGUCCAUCGUACUACGAUAAACAUACAGCUUAGUGCAUAGAAGGAAACUUAUCUAGCAAAUCUAUUUUUUUGAAGGACUUAUUUGACAAUAAUCAUCAUCCGUUUGGUGUCAAUAAUACCGAAAGAGGAAGACAGAGAAACGAUUUAAUUUCUUUUUUCAAACGUAUCAGUGAAGUAUGGAAGUGAAGUUUUGUCAGCAAAUCACUAUACGGUAGGAAGUGUUUGAGGUGGUAGACUAAUGAUGCGAUGCCACGUUUUUCUAAAUGCUCAGGAAGAUUGCACAAUCAGACAGGUCGCAAAAGACAAACAUGGCAGAAACAAGUGUAUUAAUAAAGUCAAAUUGAAUAUUGUUGUACAUGGCUGCGUGUAUCACCUUCAAAUUGUAUAAAUAUAUAUGCAUG